AUGAUUCCCGUAGUAUCCUUCGAAAGGGAAGGGUAUGGCGACUACGGUGGCGGAUACGGCAAGGGCGGCAGUGGGUCACCAUCAGCCGGCUAUGAUUCGAUGGGCAUGUCUGAGAAGUACUACCGUGUAGUCGUAACCAACCUCCCUCGAGGAGCAUCUUGGCAAGAUCUUAAAGAUAAGAUGCGUGAUGCUGGCGAAUGCCGAUUCACUGAAGUCACUCGUGACGGUGUCGGUGUAGCUGGCUUUGCUGGUCAAUCUGAUGUCGAGCGCGCUGUUCGCACCCUCGAUGAUACCGAGAUGAAGAGUCAUUUUGGUGAUACGUCCAUUAUUCGAGUAGAAGAAUUCACUGAUGAGAAGCAUGGCGAGACGCUUGGUCAUAUAGGCAAGGGUAAAGGGAAGGGCAAGGGAAAAGGGUAA